GAGCCUCGCUGCGGGCUCGUCGCUCCCCCUCGCUGGCCGCUCGGCCGGCGGCCGCGAUGGAGCGGCGCCGAUGCCCAGCGGCGGCUGUGCUCCAGGUCGCGCGGGGCGCGCUGGCGCAGUGGCUGCGGCCGGGGUCGCUAGCCUCGCUGGCGGGCUCGAGCCACGCCGGGGCUGAGGCCGCGGCGGACGCGGACUGGGCGGGGUGGUGCUCUGACCGAACUUCGGGAUGGCGUGCCUGCAGUACGUGCGGUACCUCGGGCUGGAGGCCGGGGAGGGCUGCUGGCGCCGGCUGUACAUGCAGCUGCGCGGGCUCCACGGUCGGGCCCGCAGCGGCGCGCUGUCACUGAGCUGGGAGGAGCUGCCCGCACGGGAGCUGUGGGCGGGUGACCCCGACCUUGCCGCGGUCGUCACGGACCGCCUGGUCCAGGGGGGCCAUUCGGUGCUCUUCUACGGCGACCUCGCAGAGAUGCGCGCACGGCCCCUCUGCGCCGAGGCCUGGGGCCGCGCGUCUGCACCAGCCGCCGCGUUCCGGCCGGCAGAGUUCCUCGACGUGGUGCCCGUGUCUCCCUCCGAGGUCGUCGGCGUGACCCCCAGCCUCGCGCUGGAGCGCCGGGAGUUGGUGCCCGGCGGCAGCCGGCUGCUGCUGCGGCGGGCGUCGGGCCCAGCCUCCGGCGACGGCGACGGGGGUCGCUUGUUCGUGGAGCACGUCGCAGGGCUGCUGUUCUGGUUCGUUGGAGGCGUAGUCCGGGCCUUUGAGCUGCAGACGCUGGAGCUGAGAUACGCUGUGUCGCACGAGCAAGACGUGGACGAAGACCCAGUCGCCUCUGCCAGCGAGCUGGAGCUCUUUUCUCGCUGGGACUACGGGCGCACCUUCGUGACCUACGAGCAGGAGGGCCACCUCGUCUCCGUCUGGGGCACCGCCACCGGCUCCUCCGAGGGCUGCCUCGAGACGUCCGCCGCACUCCUGUGCUGCGACGUGUCGCACGCGACGCUGGGGGCGGCUGGCCAGGAGGACAUCGCCAUCGUGGUGAUGCUGCAGGCGGACGGCCACAUCCGCCUGUGUGCUCAGGAGGCCCCAGGCGAGUGGUGGAUCCGCAGCGUGGUUGCUCCAGGGGAGCACGCCUGCACAAGCCCUCUGUACGCCUACGUUGAAGUCAAGCUGGAGCGGUGCCUGCUGCUGGCUGUGAGCCACAGCGAAGACGGGCAGCAUGGUGCCGCGCACGCUUGGAGCCUCGAUGCCCGUGGCGCUUCCGCCCACCGCUGGAGGUGCUUCGCGCACGCUCCCGACCGUGUGGAGGCGCGACACGGCGGGGCCUUUGUCGAGGUCUGCUUUGCGAGCGCCCACCCCACCCUGAUGGGCGUGCUCGACGUCAAGUGGCUGGACCCCUUGGGCCCUGACAUGAAGGUGCUGCUGGAGGUGGAGUCCGCUGUGGCAGACUGGCGCUGCGAUGUGCGUGAUUGCCUCGCGACAGUCCGAGAGGAGACGAUCGGCAUUUGCGAGGCCAGCUUCGCGGGCGCACGUAGGAUCGCCGCUCGCGGAGGUGUCCUCCAACGUUGGGGCCAGGCAUAAUGGCCUGCACGGACAUGGAGGGUGGCAACGUGGGUGAUGGGGUGCAUACAGAGCGCGGCGCUUGAACACAGAGUACCCAAUCGGGCACGACAGCGUGACCAAUUGGGACGCCGUGUAGAAGAUCAGACAUCCGACAUUCUACAGCGAGCAUAGCGCGGCUACGGCGGCGCACCCGAUGCGCCUUCCCGUGGUAACACCGACGCCAAGGCGAGCCGUUAGUGUAUGACCCGUACAAUGGUGCUGGCGAUGUACAAGGCUGCCCAGGCAAUACUGUCGCCGUGCGACUCCAGCUGCAUCACAGGCAUCCUCACGAACUCCAGCAUCGGUGUGUCGCACACGGGGCCUAUCCACGAGGGCUGCGUCCCGCCGCCCGCCAUCUUGCGCUUCGCCCUGGCUGGCCACGACCUCACGGAGCAUCCGAGAAUCCUCACUACCUCCAGAAUGAAAAGGCUAUCUUGAACCACAUUGGGCGCUCCAAAAGGCCACCUGGAACGCUCCAACCCCUCGCGCCGCCCUCCCCCUCCACAAUCAGGGGAAGGAGCAGGGGGGGAGAACUCUCUCCCCGAAGAGGAAGAGGGGGGUUAGCAGAACGAGCUCGGUAGAACACUCCCGCCAAGAGGGCUGGUGUGACUUAUGGUGCAUAGCCCUCGCCUUAGCCGAGGAGGUUGUAGUUGUAUCGAGUUUCCUGGCCCACCCGACCUGUGUCCUCUCGAUGUCUAACUCCCCUCUGCUGGUGUUGUGGCUCGAGGGCGCCCUUGAGUCCAGCAAGUGCUACUGGACCUGCCGAUUUUGGCACUGGUGUGCCAGAGCACGCUUUUGUAUUUCACAGCCCACCAGGGGCUACAGCGAGAUAUCUGUUCACCGCCAUCCUCUUUUCCCAAAUUGCCUCGCGCGUCCUAGUUCCAACGCAGCCCGCCAGCUUUUUGAACGCGUUGGCGUCCGCCGUCGCUGCUGACCAAACGUUCCUCCUCUUCCAGGGCAGACAUUCUAAGGUGCUCUGUUGUGGCUUGCGUUGCCUAGAAGGGCACUGCAUCACCAGCCACUUUACAAUGCCUAUAUAUAUAUACACACCAACAUUGGGGUUCUGUACCACCGCACGUGCCUUGUAUAAUCUGCCUCGCCUGGACAACCGGGCACUCGCAGUUUGACUUGUACCCUCACAUGUCACAGCCUGUCGUCAACAAAAUUCCAGACGCAUGGCUUCUUCUCGCUGGCCUUCUGCGAGCAGGUGACACGCAGACGUGGGCGCGCAUCCCGCGGAAUGUUUGUGGAGCAUGUUUCGCUCAAGAUCUGACAUGGGUGUAGCCCAUUUGCGCUUUUCGUUGCAUAGGCGACCUUCGCCUGGCAGCAUUCGUUCGGAAUCGGAACGCUUUGGGGCGACUCGGCUGCUGCCAGUUACAAAGAGUUGUUGUUGCAACUGCGGUGGCACGGGUAGCGGGCCUUUGGCCAAAGCGCGGCAAAGGACUCAACAAGCAUUAAUGGCACCACAUUGUUCGUCGGCGCGCGUGCA